AUGAUUGGUGUGGACUUACGGGCGCUCACCCAGCCUGUGGGCGUCAUGCGAAUAAUGGCGACCCUCCUGACCUGUAUGUGUUUCAGCCUGGUUGCAACAGUGGGAAGCGUUGCGUCUCCCUACUGGGCGUGGUGCAUGUUCACCUGGUGCUUCUGCUUCUUCUUCACCCUUCUCAUUCUCAUCCUGGAGUUCACAACUGUCAACGCCAAAUUACCUUUCGCCUGGGAUGACUUCACCACGGCCUUCGCCAUGCUGGCGAGCCUCAUGUGCCUCUCUGCCUCCAUAAUGUACCCCGUCUUCUUCACCUGCAAUAUCUGCCACCGCCAGACCGGCGCCUCCGUGGUGUCCUGGGUCUGCUUCGGGGUUUACGCAGGCGAGGUGGUUUUAACUCGCCUUCGUCCGAGUGGGCAGAACAGCGGGUUCCUCUCCUCGCUGCCCGGCAUCAUGAAGCUGUUGGAGUCGUUCCUCGCCUGUCUCAUCUUCACGUCCCUGGAGAGGAGCCAGUUCUCCGGCUCCCCAGAGAAGCAGUGGUGCGUGGCCGUGUACUGCUUGUGCUUCAUCUUCGCCAUCCUCAUUAUCCUGUUCUCCACUGGACGGAUGACCUCUUUCUUUCCGUUCUCCUUUGACAAGCUUGUGAUCGUCUAUAACAUUUUGGCAGCGGUGAUGUAUGUGACCGCCAUGGUGAUUUGGCCACUGUAUAGUUUCCGCAACAAUAAGAGACCCAGUACCUGCAGCCACCACUGUGCCUGGGACAAACUGGUGGUGGUCACCUUCAUGACCAUCCUCAACGUCAUUGUUUACACGCUGGACACCGCCUACUCUAUAUUCCUUGUGUUCUGCGUUAGUAACGAGUGA